AUGAAAGCCUCAAAUCAAGCAUGCGACAACUGUCGCCGCCGCAAGAUUAAAUGUUCCCGCGAACUCCCAUGCGACAAAUGUCAACGUCUUCUCCUCUCCUGCUCCUACAGCGAUGUCCUCCGUCGCAAAGGCCCCAAAUUCCGCACUCUAUACCCUCUAGCCCCAAUCCAUCCAUCCGGCGCCAAUGACACAGAAAAAGAUCAAGAUGCCGAUAUCUCAGACUACCAUUUCAAUUCACCGAUUUCGCCAUUUGGCGUGCAAGACGCCCAAUUCCAAUUCUCGGAUACUUUCUCCAACCUCCCACCACCAGAUCUCGUCUCUUCGCCAGGCUCAACAGAGUCAACCGUCGAAUCCGCGAACGGCUAUAGCUAUGGCUAUCUCCACGCUCCCCGUCGACUCUCGUCGCAGAUCCUGCUCGCGCACGUAAAUGUUUAUUUGAAAUAUCUGUUCCCGAUUAUGCCGGUUGUGCGCGGGGAUCAGCUCCGACUGGAUUGUCAUCAGCCCGGGCGGCUGGGCGCGAAGCGGUAUGCAUUCUUGGCGGCAUUAUGUGCCGCUACGCAUAUUCAGUUGAAGUUGGAUGGGGCGGCACCGGUGCCGGAGCCUGCGUCGCGGAGUAUUGGUGAUGGGCAGUCUUUGAUGUCUGGGGAGGAGCUUUUGGCGGAGGCUGUGAGGGCGCGUGGUGAAUGUGAUCUUUUGGAGGAGCUUGGGACGGAGAGUCUUUUGACUUCGUUCUUCUUGUUCGCUUCCUAUGGAAAUUUGGAUAGGCAGGAGCAUGCUUGGUUCUUUUUGUGUCAGGCUACUUCGUUUGCUUUUAGCCUUGGGUUGCAUCGGGAGGCUACGUAUGCAGAGUUUGAGAUUGAGGAGGCCGAGGAGAGACGGAGAGUCUUUUGGCUUUUGUUUAUUACGGAGAGAGGAUAUGCUCUCCAGCAGGCGAAACCUGUCAUGCUGCGCAGCUCGAUUCAUAAGCCACAGGUUCUUUGCUCGGGUGACCCGAUUCUGGCAUAUGGGUUUAUCAAUCUGAUCAACAUCUUCGAGAAACUAACACCGAACCUUUAUGACUGGGUAUCAGCUGGGGGCGGAGACAGCAUUUUAGAAAGACCGCCAACAUCAGCCAUCCAGUCGAGUUUGUGCAAACCAAUCUCUUUGGAGGGAGUACUCGAGAUUCAGCAAGUCGAUAUAUUGAUCACCCAACAGUGGUUGCAAGCAAUGAUGUGGAAGUUGUCCAUGAGUCAUGGCGCACAGCCCGGUUCACGCGAUGAUGCAGUAUUGCCAUUCCACCUUCCGGUGAUGGUAGGCAAAGCUGUGAUGGGCGUGAUCGGUGCUGCAUCACAGGGCGCGGUCGACGCGCACGGCAUUGGAAUGGAACAGAAACUCUUCGAUAUGGGUGUUUCUGUCGCCGACGUUACACGAUCUCUUGGAUCCAAGGCGGUGCACCGUCUGGCCGAGUCGACAAUUGACCCGAACGAAUUGUUGUGGGGUAUACUUCACACGCUAUCUCAGAUUCGUGGCUCGCCUUCGUAUCUCUUCCCAACAUUGUUGGAGCGUUGCAAGUCUGUGCUUGGGCUUGACUGCAGCAUCACGACUGGGAACUUCCUCCCUAUACUUGGUGCUGCAGUCCCGGAUCAGCUGGCUUCAUGGUCUGGUCAACACAUCUGGGAUUACUCUGCUGGAGCAGAGGAUAUUGAGGUUCAAGAUGUCAGCGACCACUCUGAGUCAGGUCCUCAUUCUGUUCCACAAGAAUUGGGUUUCCGGAAUUGUCUAUUGGGAUGA